AUGUUCUACAUUUCUCAAUUCUAUUUCUUCUUGUCUUCUUUCAAUCAUUGGCCUAUUCUUUCUUCAUUCCAUCUCUACUCUCUUCAUACAUUUUUCUUCAUUUCUCUUCUUAUUCAUUCAUCGCUUUUUCCUGCUGAAAAAAUCCUCAUCCUUACAGAAAUUAAAAACUUUCUAUAUUUACUCCUUGAUUUAUUCACUUGGUCGCUUUUAUUAUUCAUUUGCUGUUCAUUUCCUUUUGUUCUCUUCUUCAAUUUCCGUCUUUUUAUUAAUAUCUUGAAUUUCUUUUCCUUUUUUUUCAUUAAGUUCUUUUAUAUUCAUUUGUUGUCUUUUCUUCUUUUGUCUCUUUUUUAUGCCUUUGCAUCUACUUUUACUUUUAACUCUUCUUUUACUUUUAAACUCUUUUUUUCUUUCAUUUCUGCGGACCUUUCAUCUUUCGUCUUUCGUUUCCGUUCUUUCCAUUUAGGCGACGAUGAUGGCGGUAACUCAUUGCCACCUAAUCUACUUGAUUGUAAUCACACUGUAGUAAAUUCGAUUAUUAAUGUUCUCCUUUUCUUCGUCUACUCCUUGUUUCUUCUCCUUUACUGCUCUGGUGCAUCUUCACUAUCCAAGCGUCUUACUCGACUGAAUUUGCACUUUAUGUGCUUCUUUCUACUAGAGAGCUAUCAAAGCAAAAUCCAUCACUCCUCACCCAUCCGUUAUCGCGUUUAUCGAUUUCUUUCAAUUCUCAUCAAUAUUUCUCUUCGUGAUCCUUUGAGCUCUUUCAUCGAUUUGUGUCUAGGCAACGUUAGUAAAACAAUGGAAAUUGAUGAUGAUGGCCGGGAUGAUGAUGAUGAUGAUGAUGAUGAUGAUGAUGAUGGCGGUGGUGGUGGUGGCAUCAUGUACAUCGGCACAGGUCAUACUGGCAAACAAUAA